AUGAGCACUGUGUUUUUAUGGCGUUUGUAUAUUUGCAUAGGCCGAGUACAUGGACCUUAAGACUCUGCGGGAUCGGACGAAUGAUGCCAUUAACACAAUCAUUAGGCGUGAUGAGAGUACUGAAACUGGAGACCUUCUUCAACCUUGUAUUGAAGCUGCUCUGCAUUUGGGCUGCACACCCAGAAGAACCUUGAGGAGCGAACGAAAUUGUAACUUGAGGUGUUACCUUAAUCCGGGACCUCGAGAAGCCGACACCGUUGCUCGAGGAAAUGUCACAGCGAUCUCGCAUUGCAUGGCUGGUUAUUCCGGCUACAUGAAACCGACAACAAUGAAUGUGACUCGUUUUAAUGGCACCCAUAACAAGUUUCUUUUUGCAUAUGAGAAUGGUUCCCUUCCUAGUAACAAUCCAUGCUUACCUAUAGAGAAGUAUCCUCCUAAUUUGUAUUCAGUUUUUCCUCUAUUCUACGGAAACCACUGUCGAUUUGAGGAGCCGCAGCAUAAUCUCGGAGUCUCCCCGAAGCUAAUUUCUAAUUCAGUAGCGCCUACUAAGACGGGUUACAUUCAUAACCUACUGUUUUCUGAUGUGGACUCUUCGAAUAAGAUGAACCAAACAAAUGUAGCAAAUGCUUCCAAGAAUCCACAUGAACUUGCCUGUGAUCUAUCUUUGCGGUUGGGCCCUUUUUCAACACCUUGCUUGAGUGUUCGAAAUGGUCAACCUCUAGAAAUAAGAAAAAACGAUUCCACCUUUCCGGAGUCAAACAAGUUCAGCGACAAAAGUUUCUCUUCCUUUCUUAGGAGCAAAGGAGAUGAUCCCUUGAACUCAUCUUCAAACGAAUGGAGCAUUGAAGGUGAACGCUCGAACGAAGAUGCAACAAGUAGAAAGCGAAAGCUGAUAUAUGGUCUGACAGCGGAUCAACAAUUUCAUUUGCCAUCGAAGCUUCCAUACAGCCCUAGACUUAAAGACCCUUAACAUGGCCUUUGUGAGUAUUUGUGCUGCUAAAAAAAACUCUCCUCUUCUCGCAAUCUUUUUCGUAGUUAAUAGUUCUGUGUCGAUGAUCAGUGUGUUGAAAUGUUUGCAAGAAUGUAAGGUGUAAAUAUUUUGAGUGAAGUUUCAAUUAGAUGAGCUAAUCCUUUUGACUUACAUG